AUGGCGGAUCCAAAAUUCAGUGGCCCCAUCAACAAUGUAACUGUGCCUGUGGGACGCGAUGCGCUCCUCACGUGCAUUGUCCAUGAUCUGGUGAGCUAUAAGGUGGCCUGGCUAAGGGUCGACACCCAGACCAUUUUAAGCAUACAGAACCAUGUCAUUACCAAGAACCAUCGUAUCGGCAUUUCCCACACGGAGCAUCGCAUUUGGCAGCUGCGUAUUCGCGAUGUUCAAGAAUCGGACCGCGGCUGGUAUAUGUGCCAAAUAAACACGGAUCCUAUGAAAAGCCAAAUGGGCUACCUUGAUGUGGUCGUGCCGCCGGACAUUGUGGAUUACCAGACGAGCCAGGAUGUGGUGCGUACCAGCGGUCAGAAUGUGACGCUCACCUGCAGUGCAACAGGUGUGCCCUUGCCCACAAUCACUUGGCGACGGGAGGAGAACGCACCGCUCUGGUUGAUGGCUGAGGGGAGCAGGAGGCAGGAGGUUUACAGCUUAGAGGGACAGAAUCUAACGCUGUGGCAGUUGCAACGAGUCCACAUGGGGGCCUAUCUCUGUAUUGCCUCCAAUGGGGUGCCACCAACGGUUAGCAAGCGUAUCAUGUUAGUUGUAAAUUUUGCACCCACCAUCUGGACACGCUAUGACACCAUUUAUGUAGGAUUGGGACAGAAAUUGACUUUGGAAUGCAUUAGUGAGUCACAGCCAGCAUCGGUUAACUUCUGGAUCAAGGAUAAGGAUUUAUUACAGGGUGGUACCUAUGAGUCCAUGGUCGUGGAUCAUGCGCAUCGUAUUGUCAUGCGACUUACGUUGCGUCCGGUGACAAAGCGUGACUUUGGAGAAUACAAAUGCAUUGCCAAGAAUGCAAUCGGUGAGACAGAACGCAGUAUUACAUUACAUCAUAAGGCCAAAAAGCAUGUACAACAUUCGCAUCAAACGUCAACGCGUGACAAUCAAUUUAUUGUCAUAGAAGAAUACAUGACGAAUAUAGCUCACAAUAUCGAAUCGCAAAGAGUUACCCGGCAUCGAAACAUUAUAAAUUAUACUUGUAUCCUAUUUUUGGGCUAUUUUAAUAAAAUUUUAUUUUUGUGAGCA